AUGUAUCAAAAGUUGAAGAGUGAAGCUCCAAGAGUGCACUGGUGGAGACUAUUCUGUCACAAUGAAGGACUCCCUAGAUGGCUAUUUAUUUUCAAUCUCGCUGCCCAUGAUCGACUGGCCAUUAGGGAUAGACUGAAGGAAUGGGGCACGACAAAUGACGUAGUGUGUCCACUGUGUGAUAGAAAUGAUGAAUCCAUCAACCAUCUAUUCUUUGAAUGUGCUUAUGCUGCAGGUGUAUGGAACAAGUUGUUGGUAUGGCAAGGAAUUCAUAGACAAGCAAUGACCUGGAACCAUGAAUUGAAUUGGGCAUGCAGUCAUAUCAAGGGCAGAAGACCAGGGGAAGAAAUUUACAAAAUGGCGCUGGCUGGGUGCGUGUAUCAAGUAUGGCAUGAGAGGAACCAGUGCAUUUUUCAGUCCAAGAGAAGACCUACUGAUCAGCUGGUGAGAGGGAUAAUUCAACAGAUUUGUGUGCGAGGUAGGAUGAAGUCGAAGCUAGCGAGAACUCUGGACAAACUAAAUUUUUAUCCAAGCUGA